UUUAGUGUUUUAGAAAGCAGCCACGAGUGAGGUGCUUUGCAACAAUUAUCGUAUGGAAGAUACAAACAUGAAUUAAGUGCCAGUUAAUUCCACCGGCUGCUGUAUUUGAUUCCGUAAGUCACGUAGCACGUUAUACGGUUAGCACGGCUUGUUGCCUAGCGACGCGACAAUGUCGCCCCGGCGGUUGGCAUUUAGCAACGUGGGAGCUAAUUUAUAGCAAACUUUAGACGGAGUGAAGCCUGUCGUGUUUUGUUCGCUACAGUGGGACGUUCGACGUCCACGCCGUCUAAAUGUACAUGGUAGCUGAUAAAGUGGGUCGUUUAAAUGACGUUCGAUGUCGUGCACCAUGAAAAUGUUGAACGAACUCGCCUAAAGUUGGACGGGGAAACGCUGCCGCAAAACGCCUGAAAGACGACGCGACGGAAAGAUCCUGGACUUUGAUUUUACUGUUGUUGUCGUCAGCCAAAGCCUAAGUGUUGCUGCAAUCCUUGUUUAAGAUAAGACCUGCCAGUGUCAUCCGCGACACAGUAAACGUUCCUGGGCUGAGUGCUGACUGUCCAUUCAUGCGGUGAAGGUCCAAUCACCAGCGCAGUUCCAGAUCAUAGGACAUUCCACCCAAAGAGCAAAACCUGGGACACGUUCGCAAGGAGCAAAACCUGGGACACAUUCGCACAAGACAUUUCAAGAAAGAAAUUGGAGGCUGAGCACAGUGGGGCUACGUGGUCCCAUCAGAUGGCGUUCUGCCUGGCUGAGCUGCACUUGUGGUCCACCAAGAGCUCCCUCCAAGUCCGAGACACAGAUAUUGGCACGUAUCAGUACCACGAUAAAGCAGAGCCAGCCAAUCACCAGGAGCAUCACUAUUUCAAUGAGAAAGUCCACUUCACUGAAGCUCGAGGCUACUCAUGGACUCCCGCCAAUCAGCGUCCGGAGAGGCUCCGCGAUUCCCUGAAGGAGCUGGAGGAACUGUUGCAGACCAACACCUGCGUUCACACCAGAUGGAGGAACACACAAUGUUGCCAGCUUCUCCUGAGCAGCGGCAUACUGGUAACCUUGACCCUGAGCGGACCCCAACUCGAGCAAGUGUGCAUCGACCGAGCAUUAGUGGGACGACUGCCAGGUGACACAGUGACUGAUGCGGUGUUGGGCGACAAGCUGUUUGUGCUGUCCUUCACGAAGCAGAGCGAAGUCUCCGCCAUCUACUAUAAGAAGAUCCAGGACUCCUCCCCGAAGGCUGGCAGGGACACGGACAAGCUCUCACCCUCCACAAUCAAGGUGACGAGCGUGGAGGUGGCAGGGUGGGCGCAUCGUCUCCACCAGGGUGUGGCCCUCAACCAGCUGGAGGAUGUGGCGCUGUUGUGGUGGAGGUCCAGUAAUCACGACCAGGAGCUGUGGCCCUGGACCCACAAAAACACAGAUGCUAACAACUUGGUCCUGCUCAGCUGCUUGCCCUGGGAAGGUCUCAAGGUCCUAAGCUCAACGCAAACAGAAGGUGAUCUUCUGCUUUGCGCCUUCAGCCAUUUUCAGCCCUACCAGCUGCUGACCGUGGAAGCGCCCGCAGGACCCCAAGCGUCCAGAGAGUCGUCCUGGGCUAAAGCCUGCAUGUACGAGUCCACCAAAGGACGCCUGCACCGCCUCUCCGCCACCCGCAUCCCGCUGCCCUCCCCCCCUGUCUCCUGCUCACAACACCCCAGCGAAAGCGUGCUCCUCCUGGGCCUCAGCGACUUGUCCCUGGUGCUUUACGACCAACGUCGGGGGGUCUCCCUGCGGACCUCCUGCCCCGCGCCACCCACCCUCCUGACUUGGCAUCCGGCCGGAGCCUUGGCGGUGGCGGCGGCGGGAGUGGCCGAAGAGGGCGAAUUGAUGUUCUUGGAUCUGGGCCUGGCGCCCGUCAAGGUGGCGUUGGUGGCCGAGGAGGUGACCCCCUCCGCCACGCUCAGACUGAGCAGGCACCUGCGCUGCCCGGGAGCCCUACGGGGACUGCAGUGGGCUGCGGGUCCAGAAGAAGGCGCCGAAGAGGCGGAUACGAUGAUGCUGGUCUUCCACGGGGGACUACUCGCAGCUUUGAGAUUACAACUGGGGGGCCUCCUGAGCGGGUUCCGACUGGGCCCGGUGCAGCUCCUCCAGCAGCGUCUGCACGCGGGUCAGGUGCAGGAGGCUGUGAGCGUGCUGGAAGCCAUGGAUUGGGGCAGCACGGCCGACCAGUGCUGGCAAGGCCUGAGCGCCAUCGCAAACCACCUGCUGAGGCUGCCUUUGGACGCCCGCACCGAAGAGCAACUAGAAGCCACGUUGGCAACAUUUUACAGCCCGCCCACUCCUCUUCCCGAAAACGUCACGGCAGACUACAGGGAGUCAGUCCACAAAUAUGCCAGACGCUUUUUCCACCACCUUCUCAGAUAUGAGCGCUUGGAGAAAGCCUUCCUGCUUGCCGUUGAUUUGCAAGCUAAAGAUCUUUUCAUGGACCUCCAUUACGUGGCGGCCGAUAAGGACGAGCUGGUGCUGGCGGAGGUGGCCAAGAGGAAGGCCCGCCAAGUGGCGGAAGCGUGCGACGGACGGGAAAAAAUCACUGUGAUUAACCGGAAAGACACUGAAGAUGCCGUGAGAGAGAGGAACCGUGUGAGUGCCUCCAGCCUAGGCAUCAAAAGCCAAAGUCCAACCGGACCAUCGCACUCAAGCCCUCGCAAAACAACACUGAAGCAAGGAAGAUGAACGAGGGCGCCUCACUGAAGAUGACGACCCAGGCGUGCUCCUCCUGGUUUAUCUCAGAACUGUUCCACCGCAGCGAUACUCCCACAUCGUCAUCAAUCGCCAAUCAUUGCUAUUGAUAAAAGUGAACUUCAAAGUACUUGUUGAAAGCAACACUGAUGGUGCAGCAUCAGGACCAGCUUGAGGUUUCGGUGUCUCGUUGAGGAAGCCUCCAAUAGUUCAUCCUGCUGGUGUUCUUCGCCACCAAACUCAUCCAGCUAUCCAUUACUGGUCUUUGCCAUCUGGGAGUUUUGUUGCCUUCCCAACAAUGUAACAUAAAGGUGACGUGCAUUUUUCCCCCCUCCCCCACAAUUGAGUACAGUGAGAUUCCAGUGAUGGAUGCAGCUUAUUAAUCACCGAGCUGCUAAAAUUUGAAUAUCACACUUAAGGGCUGGCCAGACAUUCCCAUGCUUACAACUACGCCAUUCAUAAAAGGUGGGGAGAAGUGGCAGCAAAACAGGCAAAAAUCUAGAUAUUAAUGAUCAACUGUAGUUCAACGCUGGAAGGUUGCAAACGGGAUGCUCUCAGACAGUAGUCGCCCCUUAGCUUUGAGUCUCAUAGAAUGUCAUUGGCAGGUUGCAACGGAGAUACUGGAAGAGUCACAGAAAGGCACAGAAGUGGGCAUCCUAAAAUAUGAUCAAACCUUUACUUGUGCAUGGAAUCACUGAACUGUUGGCGUUCACUUUCAAAUGUCAAUUUUAGUUCACCUGAAAAGAUUCAAGUGGAUUUUACGUUCAGCCUGAAAUUUCAACCUGAAACCUCUAUUCCUUGUUUUUUGUGAACAGUGUGUAAUUUGUAUACAAGACAUUAAAAAUGUAAAUUUCUCAUAUGUCCCUUUUAGAGGAAACACUUUGAAAAUGUUCCAUUAAUCAUGCGAUAUACUGUAUUUCCCUUACUGAUAUUGAAUGUUACUCAAAGUGUGUGUGUGUGUUAUGUGUGUGUGUUGUGUGUGUGUGUGUGUGUGCGUGUGUGAGAUUAAGGCCAGCAGUUUUAUUCAUGAACAGGAGCGGAGCGGCGACGUUAAAGCGUGGCACCUUUCCUGAGCAUCCGCCAUGCCGGUGUCAGAGCUGUCGUCGCGGCGCGCUCGCCUGCCUAAUCUGACAGCGCCUAAUCCCUCACUGUAUCCUAAUCUAUUUACUUUGCAUUCUAAGAGGAUUUACAACCCCCCUCCCCCCAAAAAAAAAUCAUAUACAAGGAGCCAUGGUUGGAAAUGGACAGAAGAUCAGCAAGGAUGCUUUUCUUUUUUUGUUGCUUGUUUGUUUCGUGGCAAAAAAAAAAAAGAGGGAGAAAUCGUGCUACAUUUUACGCCGAAUCAAUCCGCCGCCUGAAAGGAAUUCCAUUUUUGUGACUGAUACUAAUACUUCUCUUAUGUACGCAUCCAGUGCACGCCGUGUUUGGCCUGUCACGCUGCCUUCGCGCGCCGUCAUGUCCUGAUUGUUUGACCUGACAGCUGCAAAAUUUGCUUAACAGCCUCGGCUGCUCACUGCAGAGGCCACCCGCGGCAGACUUUUUGACGCUCCGAAAAGCAGUCACCACCCACCUACAAGAGCAAUUACAGGGAGCAAGUGCGUUUUGAAAUGUACAGUGGUACAUCAAUUUAUGAGUGACGUGAAGGUUAGCAGUUUCUAUAGAUAAAAAGCUAUCGCUAAGAUUUUUAUUUUAUUAUUCUUUUUAUUUGUAUUGAGUUGCGAGCAAAAUUUUUGCAAUUCAGCAGAUAGCAAUUACUCAUUGUGUAGUAAACCAAAACCUCCCUCAGAGAUAAGGUGAGAAGCUCGGUCAUCCGGGAGGGGCUCAGAGUAGAGCCGCUUCUCCUCCACUUUGAGACGAGCCAGAUGAGGUGGCUCGGGCAUUUAAUUCAAAUGCCUCCUGGACGCCUUCCUGGUGAAGUGUUCUGGGCAUGUCCCACUGGCAGGAGACCCCGAGGACAACCCAGGAUACGCUGGAGAGACUAUGUCACGUAGCUGGCAUGGGAACGCUUCGGGAUCUGCCAGGAAGAGCUCGAAGAAGUGGCUGGGGAGAGGGAAGUCUGGGCUUCCCUCCUAAAGCUGCUGCCCCCGCGACCCGACCCCGGAUAAACGGUGGAAAAUGGAUGGAUGGAUGGAU